GCCUCGUGGCUUUAGAUUGAAUACUGUACGGGAGGAAAGAGACAUGGCUUCGUACAGUUUGAUUUCCUUCGCUAUUUUCUCCGUUUGUAUGUUUGUAAUGACAUAUAUUGCUGAUGUUGGAGGUUCCCCAGUAUUUGAAAAUGAAGAAUUCAUCACCAGAAUGACAAGUAUGGAACAAUGUGAGACUGCAAGUGACUGUAGUGAGGGCGAAUGUUGUGUCYGUGUAUGGAAUUCAGCAGUGAAGUAUUGUAAAAAGAGACCUAAACUAGGUAAUCUUUGUAGUCGAUCUCUUAAGCCGGGACUCCACUACAGUUGCCCGUGCAGUACUGGUCUAACAUGUGCACUGACGGCUAUGGACAACUAUGGAAGACGUGAGAAAUUUCAGUGUGUAUUAGUACCUAAAGAAGAGCCCGAGUAUGAGGCGGAAAGAGAGAACUGAACUCUAUAUAUCGACCACAAGGAUGGAUCUAUGGUCGGUUUGAAUCGACUAAACGAGGGUGUGAAUAAUGGACUUGACGCAAUGCAUAAAAGUGUGUAAAUAAACCAUCAUUUGAAAGA